CGUCCCCUAAGGCACACAACACCAAUGCCCCCUAUCAGGACCCCUUCUCACCGGUCCCAUCCCUAUAGCAAGGCGCCUCUCCACCCUGUCCCUCCCUUCAAGGCCCCGCCCCAACAGGCAGAACCCCGCCCCCCUGGCCUCACCCCUCUUAUUCCGACCCCGCCACCAUCCUGCCCCUCCUCUUGCCGGUCCCUCCCCUAUCUCAAAGGCCCCCGCCCCUCCCGCCCGGGCUUGCCAGCCGCCCUCCUCUACUGGCCGCUGGGUGGGCGCGGGGCGGCUCGCCGCGGAGCUGGGAGAGCUCUGGCCAGGCUUCGGGAAGCUCGGAAGGCUCAGAGCAGCCACGGCCGCUCAGAACUGAGACCAUUAGGCUCUUCUGCAGGUGAGGACACAGAGUUUGUGUUGGAUGACUGCCCGCAACGUGGGGAAGGACACCCGCCUGCAAAUCCCAGUAGAGAAGAGCCACCUGGGUCAGGUGGAGGCAAGAUGGGCCCCAGGGGCAGACAGAGCCCCUCAUCCCCACUGGCGCCCUCCCAAGGGUCUUGUUUUUUCAUCCUCUUCUGCUUGCGCUUAGGUGCCUCCUGCCCACAGGCCUGCCAGUGCCCUGACCAUGCUGGGGCUGUGACUGUCCAUUGCAGCUCAAAAGGCCUGCAGGAGAUCCCUAGGGACAUCCCAGCGGACACGGUGCUCUUGAAGCUAGAUGCCAACAGAAUCUCCCGAGUCCCCAAUGGAGCCUUCCAGAACCUGCCCCAGCUGAGGGAGCUGGACCUGUCCCAUAACGCCAUCGAGGCCAUUGGGCCUGCAGCCUUCUCAGGUCUGGCUGGGGGCCUGCGGCUUCUGGAUUUAUCCCACAAUCGCAUCCGAAGAAUUCCAAAGGACGCACUGGGCAAGCUGAGUGCCAAGAUCCGCCUGUCCCACAAUCCACUGCACUGUGAGUGUGCUCUGCAGGAGGCCCUGUGGGAGCUGAAACUGGACCCUGACUCUGUGGAUGAAAUUGCCUGCCACACCUCAGCACAGGAGCAGUUCGUGGGGAAGCCACUGAUCCAGGUCUUGGACUCGGGUGCCAGCUUCUGCAGUACCCACCGGAAGACCACUGAUGUGGCCAUGCUGGUCACCAUGUUCUGCUGGUUCACCAUGGUGAUUGCCUAUGUCGUGUACUACGUGCGCCACAACCAGGAAGAUGCCAGGCGACACCUGGAGUACCUGAAGUCCCUGCCUAGUGUGCCAGUCUCCAAGGAGCCUCUCAGCCCUGUGCCCUAGCGCCUGCCUCUGGUGGGCCACUGAGCCUGGCUGUCCUGGUUUCUGCACCAGGGGAGGUGAUGGUGCUCUUGUGUUCUGGGGAGGUGCAUUGCAACUGCUUCUGCACAGCUCCAAAAGCACUUUCAUUGGCAUUUCGUCUCAGCAGCCACUGCCUGCACAGUAGGGGAUUUGCCCAUCUUAAUGGGUAGGUAAACUGAGGUUUAGAGAAAUGGAAGACCUUGCCAGGGCUGGAUUCAGCUGGCACUCAAACCCAGGCUGCUUGUGGUGUAGGUCUGCGACCCCUCUGAUCUGCCAUCGUUUUCUACCCGGUGCUGUGGGAAGUGGAUAUUCGUGCACACGAAGAUGGGGCCCUGGUGGGGAGGAUGGCUGUAGCAUUGUCAAUCAGAGGCAUCAGCAGCUUUGCCGCUGGGGAAUGGCUCACUCUGUUUACCGUUGCUCUCCCAGGACAUCUGAACAAAGAUGUUGCCCUUUCCCAGAGCAAAGCACUGGCGAUCUAGACCUUUCUGGAGAGGUCAGUGCAAAGGACAGCCUGUACCGGCCCGCACUGACCUUUGUUCUGGGAGUGCUUGGGUUGCCCUUGUGCCAAAAUUUUGGUCCAUUGACAGGGAGGAAAUGGGGAAACACGAGAAAGGUCCAGCAUGGGCUCACCAUGGCAGUGCCCGCUGCCAGACAUCUUACGGCCCUCCCCUGCUUCCGCCACUCCCAUCUGUGCCUGGCCAGUGGAAGCCUGUCAAUCACAGUGGCUCCUGUGCCUUGCUUUUCUACUGCCGAUAUCAAAAGCAGCUUUUCAAAGGAAGAGGGACUGGUGUCUGAGGUUUCCAUGCCAAUUCACAGGAUGCUGCUUUUCUCUAGCAACAAGAACUUUCUCUUUUCACCUCGCUGAAAUCCCAGCGUUACUUUUUUGGUCAAUUUUCUUACCCAUCUUACUUCAUGUUCAGGGGUAGAUGUUACAGCCGCCUACUUGAUUAACUUCCAGUUUUAUUAUUUACUGUCUUUUUGUAUAAGUGUUUUUAUCUUAAGCUAUGUUGAGUACUCGGGGAAGAAGCAAAUGAGCAUAGAUUGUGUGGAUGUCGGGUGUCAGGUCUAGAUGUCUCUUUCAGUGGAAAUGGACUGUGGCUUCUGCUUCUUUUGGAAAUUCUCUUGUGAUCUGCAGGGACAAGGUGAGACUGUGUCUGGGGCCCGGCCUGGCUUGGUUUUAGCAUCACUGUGGCCCACAGUUCUGUCACCAAGAGACAUGGCACCUGAGGUUACAUGACUGUCAGCCACAGAAGUACAUGAGAAAGAAACACUCAUGAAUUCCAGACUUCCUCCCACUGCUGAGUGCUCACACCUACAUGGUGGCCCUGGGGCCACCAUCCCCAGUGUGUGCCAUAUGAGAGGAGUACUAAUCUGAAGCCUUAGAUGAGCUCAGACCCUGCCCGCCAUUCUCCCACGGCACUGGGCCAAGCUACACUAUCUGCAGGGCUGUAGGAAUCAGGCCCUGGCAGGGGUUAGUAGCACCGUUCCCAUUCCAGUGAGAAUCGGAACCGUGAGCAGCCUCCUUAGGGACACCAGACACUGGUGUGACUGCUGCCUGGACCGCAUGGCACAGACAUAGCCAACCCAUGGUGUCCGGUUAAGUGUUCAGGGGAGGCAGGUGCUGAGGGCAGAGUGGUCUGGACCUGGAGGGUUCUGUCGCAAGGAGAAGAGGCUAGAAGCCCGAGCUGAGGGCUUGGAUUAAGACUGGGUGCUAUCCUGCUGCUGUGGCAGUUCGGAGAGUGACUGUGUCUGCCCCAUGAACAGGGACACCCCCAGCCUGGCACCUACUCCAGAGGUGCUGAUGCAGAGGAUAUGGCUUGUGGUCCUCUUAUUGUGUGGUGUGAUGCAUGGAGCUGCUUCCUGGCUGGUGCCACAAUGCAGGUGGUAGUGGGCCCCUGCAGCCCUUCCACUACCCUACUUUAGGAGGGAGGCCCUCUCUGUCUCAGGAACCUGCCACUGUCCAGCAGGUCUGUCCCGUGGCCAUGGCCAGGUCAGGAAAGAGAAUGGAUGGAGGCUGGGUGGUGAGGUCAGCACCCCAGAGCUCUUCUCUUGCUCUUGUCCCAGAAUCACCCAGUGGGUGGGCCCUUUAGAUACACAGGGGUAGGACUCCUUCCCAGGCUGCUCAACUCGCUGCCAGGCUUGCUACCCUUAGCCUAGGGCUUGGCCCUACCUGGUUGUGCAUCAACAGGGCUCCUGCCCAGCCCCUGCUGGAAAGAGAAGGCAGGGACAGUCUAUGUGGAUGGAGCCUGGAGAAAGCUGCGCCUCCUCCUGUUAGAAC